AUGUCAUCCGGCGCGCCUGGAGGUCCCCCCUAUCCGCGGGGCCCUCCGCCCUUCGCCGGACCUCCGCCAGCCGGCGCGCGCCCCCCAUUCGGCGGCCCUCCGCCGUUCGCGGGGCCGCCAGCCUUCGCCGCUCCCCCCGCGGGCCCUCACGGCUCCGCGCCUCCCCCAUACGGAGGCCCUACUCCGCCUUCCGCCACCAGUCACCCUCCGCCAGCCUUCGCGCAACCCCCCGGUCCCCCGACGGGCCCUCCGCCCGGCGCGCAACCACCAGCUGCGCCUGGGGGGUUCGUUCCGCCGAAUAGACCAGGCGCGCGCCCGCCAGGUCCGCCGUUUGGAGGUGCCCCGCCGGUAGGUCCCGCGCCAGGGGUAGCCAACGGGCCGUUGGCGGGUGCGCCUCCCCCUGGUCCCCCCGCCUAUGGCCAACCUCCCCCCGCAGCGACUGCGCCUUCCGCCUUCCAGCAGCGCCCCGGUCCGCCUCCGUUCGGAAGGCCAGCUGGCGCUCCCCCCGGACCUCCGCCAAUAGCGGGUUCCGCGCAGCCGCCUCCGCCGUUUGCCGCGCGGCCGCCUGGUACCGCGCCGUUUCUCCCGCCGGGUCCGCCUCCGAUAGGCGCAGGCGCGCAAGGACCCGCAUUUCCGCCACCCCUAGGUGCUCCGCCAGGUGCUCCGCCACCCGGGCCUCCCCCGGGGUACGGAUCCGCGUCUACUGCCCCCCCUCCGCCGUUUUCUUCCGCCCCUGCGCCUCCGCCUUAUGGAUCCCAACCUCCGCCUCCCCCCGGAUACCCCCCGACCGCGCAACACACCGCGCAAUUUGGCGCUCCUGCAUCACACCCCCCCCCUGCACCCUCCUUCGGCGCGCCUCCCCCGUUCGGCGCACCUCCCCCGCAGCCCCCCGCUCCGCUUGGUCCCCCGCCCACAGGCGCAGCGGCAACCCCCCCCGCCAUGGCGCAAGCAGCAGCCGCGCAAGCAUUGGCGGAAGACCUCCAGUCACUCGCGAUCGGCGGAGGGCCCGGCGCAGGGGGGGCGGACGCGGUGGAUUACUUCGCGCUUCCGCGGCCAGCGGGGGUAGCGAUCGGCGGAGAAGACUCCGCGGGGGGAGCAGAUGGCGGGGAGGAGGCGCUUGAGGGGUGGGGGGAAGGCUUGGUUGGGGGAGGAUUGGCGGAGAUCGAGGGGAACGCGCAUCCGCGGUACUUUAGAAUGACCUGUGGGGCGAUUCCGGACUCCCAGUCGCUCCGGAGCAGGUGGCAUCUGCCGCUCGGGGCGGUACUCCAACCUCUUGCGCCCACUCCUCCUGGGGAGGAGGAGGUGCCAGUGGUGAACUUUGGGUCGGCAGGAAUCAUCAGGUGCCGCCGCUGUCGCACGUAUGUGAACCCCUUCGUCACCUUCACUGACGCUGGCCGGCGCUGGCGCUGCAACAGCUGCACCCUGCUCAAUGAAGUAUCCCACGACUACUACUGCAAUCUCGACAGCACGGGCAGGCGCACGGACUGGCAGCAGCGGCCGGAGCUGAGUCGCGGCAGUGUGGAGUUCGUUGCCCCCGUGGAGUACAUGGUCCGCCCGCCCAUGCCUCCCACCUUCUUCUUCCUCAUCGACGCCUCUGUGAACAACGCGCGGUCCGGAGUGUUGCAGGUGAUUUCUGACGCCAUCCGCGCCUGUCUCGACGCCCUCCCAGGGGACACGCGCACGCGCAUCGGCUUCCUGCUCUUCGACUCCGCGCUGCACUUCGUGUCCCUCAAGCCCUCCCUCACGCAGCCGCACAUCCUCGUCUCAGCCGACAUCGACGACCCCUACCUGCCUCUGCCUGAAGACGAGCUGCUCGUCAACAUGCACGAGAGCAGGCAUGUGGUGGAGGCGUUUUUGGACGCCCUGCCCAACCUGUUCACCAACUCUGUGAAUGUGGAGUCUGCUAUGGGGCCGGCGCUCAAGGCCAUGGCACUACUUGUGAGCCAGCUGGGAGGGAAAGUCCUCCUCUUCCAGUCCACCAUGCCCUCUCUAGGAGCUGGGAGAUUGAGGCUCAGAGGGGACGACCCAAGGCUGUAUGGCACAGAUAGGGAGCACACAGUGCGCUGCUCUGAAGACGCAUUCUACAAGACAACAGCAGCGGAGUUUUCCCGCGCACAGAUCUGUGUGGACACGUUUGUGUUCAGCAGCAAGUACUGCGACCUGGCGUCCCUCGGCACGUUGGCGCGCUACACGGGCGGGCAGGUGUAUCAUUACAGUGGUUUCCACUUGGCUAAUGACGGGGACAAGCUGCGGAGCCAGAUCGUGAGGAACCUCACACGGGAGACGGCGUGGGAAUCAGUGAUGCGCAUCCGAUGCAGUAAAGGUCUCAAGAUCGCCACAUUCCACGGCCAUUUCUUCAUUCGCAGCAGCGACCUACUGGCCAUCCCAGCAGCGGAUGCGGACAAGGGCUACGCCGUGCAGAUCUCCCACGAAGAAGCAAUUCUGGCAAACCAGAGCACUGCCUACCUGCAGUGCGCGCUGCUGUACACGUCAUCGUGUGGGGAGAGGCGAAUUCGCGUUCACACACUGGCCGUGCCGAUUGUGAGGGACAUGGCGGAACUCUACCGGCGGUGUGAUGUCGGGGCCACUGCCGCCGUCCUGGCGAAGAUAGCUCUUGACAAGUCGCUCACAUCGCGUCUUGAGGAGUGCCGCCAGCUCAUCCAGAACAAGACAACGCUCGCCCUCCGGGAGUACCGCAUCCUGACGGCUGGCUCCGCUGCCCUCUCCCGCACAUCCGGUUACGGAAUGCCGCCCGGACCCCCCACCAACCCCUACGGCCACCCAUCCCACAUGCACCAGCCGAACCUCCCCCAGCAGCGCCUGGUUUUCCCCGAGUCUCUCCGCCUGCUGCCGCUUUACACGCUCGCGCUCUGCAAGUGUGCGGCGCUGAGAGGAGGCUUCCAGGAAAUGGGGGCGGACGCGCGGGCGGCGGCGGCGUUUGAGAUGAUGGUGGUGUCGGUGGGGCGGACUCUGAGAAUGCUGUAUCCGCGGUUGAUUCGUGUUGAUAGCAUGGCGGCACAGUGCGGGGUGCAAGACGCGGCUGGCCUCGUCACCCUCCCCCGUGCCCUGCCGCUAGCCACGUCAUCGCUCGACCCACAGGGCGCGUUCCUAUUGGACGACAGCACCGGCCUCACGCUCUGGCUGGGCGGCGCGCUGCCAGCUAGCACCGCCGCCCAGAUCGUGGGGCAGGACGCCCUAAACGCCCCCGAUAUAAGCCUGGUUCCCUUCAUUCCUCCGCCCGACAGCCCUCUUGCCGCCCGAAUCUCAGCCAUAGUAGAUGCCCUGCGCAGCGGGGAUUUCCCGGGCGGCAACGGCAGCAAAGGGGGCGGCGAGGUUUGUCAUCAAGCGGUGCAGCUGCUGCGGCAGGGCGGCAGCGGUGAGCUGGCGUUCUACCAUUCGUUCGUGGAGGAUAGGAGUGCUACAGGGAUGGGUUAUGGGGAGUUUGUGGUACACCUGGCGAGACAGGUACAGGUGAAGUGA